AUGGCGGGCACACGGGCACACGGCCGCCUCCUGCACUCGCUGCUCUGCCAGCUGUGCGGCGGCUGUGGCUGUGGCUCCUGCCGUGGGCUUCGCGUUUCCACGGGCACCCGCAUCCUUUACACACUCCUGCACGUCCUGGCCUCUGCCGUGUGCUGCCUCAUGCUGUCCCGCACCGUGGCCCAGGCCGUCAGGGAGAAGGUGCCCUUCUCGGCUGUCCUGUGCGAACACCUGCCUGGGGGCUCGGACUGCGAGCGGCUGGUGGGCUCCUCGGCCGUCUACCGGGUCUGCUUCGGCACCUCCUGCUUCCACCUGGCACAGGCUGCCCUGCUCCUCAACGUGCGCUCCAGCACUGACUGCCGCGCUCAGAUCCACAACGGGUUCUGGUUCCUGAAGCUUCUGGUGCUGGUGGCGCUCUGUGCUGCCAGCUUCUUCAUCCCCGAGGACGGCUUCAUCCAAGCCUGGCACUACACGGGAGUCUGCGGGGGCUUUGCCUUCAUCCUCAUCCAGCUGGUGCUCAUCACCGCCUUCGCCCACACCUGGAACAAGAACUGGCUGACGGGCGCCGCACAGGACAAGCGCUGGUACCUGGCCGUGCUGAUGGCCACCGCUGCCUUCUACACCCUCGCCUCUGCCGCCUUCUCCUUCCUCUACAAGUUCUACACCCACCCGGCUGCCUGCCACCUCAACAAGGUGCUGCUCGCCCUGAAUGGCAGCCUCUGCGGCAUCAUGUCCUUCAUCUCCAUCACGCCCUGCGUGCGGCUCAAGCAGCCGCGGUCGGGGCUGCUGCAGUCCUCAAUCAUUAGCUGCUACGUGAUGUACCUCACCUUCUCCGCACUGUCCAGCCGCCCCCCGGAGAGAGUGCUCUACAAGGGGCAGAACCUCACCGUCUGCUUCCCGGGCAUCCGGCAGGAUGAGCUGCAGACAGAGGACACCACCGUCGCCGUGCUGGGGGCCACCAUCAUGUACGCCUGCGUGCUCUUCGCAUGCAAUGAAGCCUCCUACCUCGCCGAGGUCUUCGGCCCCCUCUGGAUGGUCAAAGUCUACAGCUUUGAGUUUAAAAAACCCUCCUGCUGCUUUUGCUGCCCUGAGAAGAUGGAGGAGGAGCUGAGAGGUGCCGAGCAGACAUGUGAGCAAGGGGAGGAGACCGACAGGGGACAAUGCGUGGUCCAGGACGAGCGAGACCGUGUGGUCUACAGCUACUCAGCCUUCCACUUUGUCUUCUUCCUCGCCUCGCUCUACGUCAUGAUGACCCUCACCAACUGGUUCAGCUACGAGAACGCAGUGCUGGAGACCACCUUCACACACGGCAGCUGGUCCACCUUCUGGGUGAAGGUGUCCUCCUGCUGGGCCUGCGUCCUGCUCUACCUGUGGCUGCUGCUGAGCCCCCUCUGCCUCCGGGGCUCCCCCCAGCACCGGCGCAGCAGCCCGGCCCUGCGCGUCCUGCGGCGACGACGUGCCCCGCAGCGCAUCAGCGUCUCCACGUAGUCCCUGCUGGGACAGACUGUGCCUGGCACCCUGCAGCCGGGGCUGCUCCCCGCCAUGCCCUGUGCCUGUGUCCUGGCCUCGCUGGCCUCCCCUGAGCCCCUGGCCCAGGAGAUGGCGGCAUCUGAGAGCUUGCUGGGACCCAGGCGGUGGGCGCUCCCGAGGACACCGGUCCUGGCUCAUCCCUGCCUGAUGCCGGGCUCACUCUGGCCACGUACCGGUUGCCAGCCCGACUGCCCUGGCCCGGGGUCUGCCGUGGGAGUGGGCUCUGCCCCAGCCACCUCCGUGUCUCAGCUUGCCCGCCGGCAGUGUGCUCAUUGUAAAUAGCUCCUUGAAUACAUUUUUACAUAAAACUCUGAGCUCAUCCCAUGCUGCCACGCAGGCUGCAGCCAUGGGGCUGGGCAUGGCGGUGCCAGCAGCACCUCAGCACCGGCCCCGUCCAUGCAGCAGCCACAGCCAGAGCAGGGAGCGCUGGCCUGAGGUCCAGGGCUCCAGAGGGGCAUCCAGCCUCAGCCAUUGCCCCUGACAGACUCUGAGCUAAGCACCUGGAGGAGCCAGCCCCCCCACCACAGGAGGAUGUGGGGAUGCAGGGAUGGCUCCAGCAUGACACAGUGCUGGGGACACUGGCCUGAAAGGCACCCAUGAGCCAUCAGGGCAUCGAGCCCCAGACAAACACCUGCCUGGGCAGCAGGGACUGUCCCAAGCCCCUUGGCCAAGGACCUAACCCCAGCACA